UCUGAAAUGUAAGAGUUAACAGGAACUAAAAAAAGAAAAAAGAAAGACAAGAGUCCACACAAAUAGAGACGUGCCAUUAGUGAGUGAGAUGCAGUCAUGAAGAACCAUUUAUAUCUUUUCCUCUUUAUGAUUCAUUUUAGUACUGGCUGUAUUCUUUCAGAUAAGAAGCAGUCAACAGUAAUAACAGGAUACACAGGUGGUUCAGUGGUGCUGCCCUGCUCCUGCGCUGAUCCUCAGUCUACAGCCAAGACAUUCACAUGGCAGUUUCAACGCAGUGUAAAACAAUGGAUUGAAGUAUUUGAGGAUGAGAAGUACAGAGGAAGACUUGUGCUGUUUAAUGAAAGUUCUCCGAAAAAUCUGUCUCUUCUCAUUUCUGACCUCAGAAUAGAAGAUCAAGGAUACUAUAAGUGUAUGACUGAACGGCACUCUAUUACUAUAUCCAUUGAGUUAACAGUAAAGGGCUGUAAUUUGGUUCAGAACACAAAGUCAACGGAUGAGGUGACUGGAUAUGCAGGAGAGUCUGUGGUUCUGCCCUGCUCCUGCGCUGAACUACUGGCUAAACCUGAACAGAUACAAUGGAUGUAUCUGAUAAAGGAAACUUACUGGGAAAUUUACCCAAAUGAAAAGACUGAGAGCCACAAGAAAAGAGUCAAACUGUUAAAUCAAACAACUUCAGGAAAUCUCUCUCUACACAUAUCAGCACUGACUGCAGAGCACGCAGGAGUCUAUUAUUGUUCUGUCUCGUCUCAACAAGUCACCUACACACUUCAUGUUGAAGAGAAACCACACAUCUAUACACCCAUCAGUUUAUCAAUACAUCAACCUUCACACCAAACACAAGAAUCUACACCACCUCGACCACCACACCACACACCUCAAUAUAUUUUCAUUCUAGUGGCAGUGUUUCCAUUAGCGCUUAUCCUGCCAUUUCUGGCGUUAUCUUCUGGAUAUUCAAAGGAUGAAGAGGCGAGUUCUGCUGUAGUCUAUGUUGAAACGGCUUCCACACCUGAUCACACACUGAAUGUCCCAGUACAGCUCACUGAGUAUGUCAACACCAAUGCUAAACUGACUUAAAAUGACAGUAUUGCCCCACACACAAAACAACCCCCACCCAAACCAUUUUUUUUUUUAAUCCUCACAGCAUUUUGAGGAUAUACAUGUACAUAAAGUCACCUGAUUAAAAGUAGAAACUACUGAAACAUGACAAAAAUUCUUGUCUGUAACUGUUUGUAGAAUAAUGAAUCUAAUAAGCAUUUUUCAGUUAUGUAUUGAAACCUGCUAUUAAAAGGACUUUUCAAA